UAAAAAAAAAAAAAAAAGUUAAAAAGAUUUUACCUCCAUGUCUAUCCUCAUAUAUUAGCGAUCUUCUUCUUAUCUAUAGUUUUAUACUUUUUCUUUUUUCCUCCUAUCAUCUUUAGCCCUUCUUUAUCUUAUUAUUAUUAAUAAACUUUCAUUUGGAAGGGUUAAUUAAUUAUAUUCAUGCAUAGCUGCAUGGAAUAUUUUGCAUGAGGAAGAUAUAUAUGUAUACAUAUCAUCAAGAAGAAGAAGGAGGUGAUAAUGGAGUAAUGUGAAACUCAGGAUGACAACAAUUUCAGUACUGUCGUUGUAACGAAUUUUAUUGGAUCUCGAUGCAUUAUUAGCUGUUUAGCCUCGAAUUUGAAUGCCGAUCACGUCGAAGAUUGUUCCACACGCGAUCGGCAUUCUCAUUUUACGAGGCAUUUAUCAUCGACAUGCAAACUUGUGGUCAUCAUCUUAUCUUUGUCUAGGCAGCAGAAACAUUAUUUGAAUAUCCUGAUUUCCUCCUCCAAUUUCUGCCUGCUUUGGGUUGUCUUUGUUCUUCGUGUUUUUACUUUUCCUUAUUCUUCCUUCCUUUUUAUUGUUUGGUUGAUUACCGGAAUGAGUUUCGGGGCUGGAUCGGGAUCUUCUUAUCAUUCUGGAAAUGGAGUUAGAGUUGAAAGCCCUUUGCGACAUUCUUCGAGUAACCACGGUGGAUUUUUUGGUUCAUCUGCUAAUGAUCGACCCGUUAACCAAGCCGAUUAUGUAGAGAAAGACCCUACGGGUCGAUAUGUUCGGUACAGUGAGGUGUUGGGCAAGGGAGCAUUCAAGACUGUCUACAAGGCAUUUGACUUACUUGAUGGUAUUGAAGUUGCAUGGAGCCGAGUGAAAGUCGAGGAUGUUUUGCAAUCACCUAACAAUUUGGGAAAGUUAUAUGCGGAGAUGCAUCUUCUUAGAAAAUUGAAGCAUGACAAUAUAAUGAAGUUCUGUGAUUCAUGGGUUGAUGGCAAGAAGAGAACAGUUAACAUGAUCACUGAACUCUUCACAUCUGGGAACUUAAGGCAAUACCGCAAGAAGUAUAGAAGCGUUGAUAUGAAGGCAAUAAAGAAUUGGGCAAGGCAAAUACUUCAAGGGUUAGACUAUCUUCACAGUCAGAACCCUCCCAUCAUUCAUAGGGACUUGAAGUGUGACAACAUAUUUGUCAAUGGAAAUACUGGAGAAAUUAAGAUUGGGGACCUUGGAUUGGCUACCAUUAUGGAGCAGCCUACUGUUAAGAGUGUCAUUGGGACCCCGGAAUUUAUGGCCCCGGAGCUUUACGAAGAAGAAUACAAUGAACUGGUUGACAUAUAUUCCUUCGGCAUGUGUAUGUUGGAACUAGUAACCUUUGAAUAUCCUUACAGUGAAUGCAAAAAUCCUGCUCAAAUUUUUAAGAAAGUUAGCUCAGGUGUUAAACCUGCUUCCCUCGGCAAAGUUACUGAUCCCCAAAUCAAAGCAUUCAUCGAGAAAUGCCUGGUUCCUGUUUCUCUGAGGUUGCCUGCCAAGGACCUUCUCAAAGAUCCGUUUCUUCAGACUGAGAAUUUAAGUGAGCCAACGCAUAGUCUUUUGCUUUCACCUUACCAAAGUCCAAGAUCAUUAAGUUCAUUGAAAUCUGCACCUCAUUCAAUGGAUGUAGAUUCCGAGUAUAAUCAAUCAGUUUAUACAGACUCCCAUUGUGGAAGUCCUUGUGCUCCGACAUUGGAAUUUCAGAGGUUUCAUCAGAAUAAUGAAUUUAAAUUGACAGGUAAGAAGAAGGAUGAGAACUCAAUUUCACUGACCUUGCGAAUUAAAAGCCCUUCAGGCAGAAUAAGGAAUAUACACUUCAACUUUUAUCUUUAUACUGACACUGCACUCUUAGUUGCAGCGGAGAUGGUUGAACAUUUGGAACUAGCUGAUCAUGAUGUAGAUUUUAUUGCUGACUUCAUUGACUAUCUAAUAAUGAAAAUUUUGCCUAGUUGGAAGCCUUCUGAUUAUUUUUCUAGUGGAGGGAGAAGCCAAAGAGAAGAAUCUAUAGAGAACUACCUCACCUUGUCGCCCAUCACUACCACAUCUAAUGCUCAGCAAGAUGAUAUUCCAGUUCUCAAUAUGAAUAACCAAAUUGGUAGUACUCAUCGAGCUGAUGAAGAUAAAUUGUAUGCGAAUUCAAAUGGCACUUCUUGUCACGUUACUUUUGCUUCCCCGUCACAUUUGGAAAAUGUGAUAGAUGGAGAGUGUCAAGGUUCAUCUGCUACUGAAGUAAUGGAAAAAGAUUCUUCUGCAAAGAAUUCAUUUGGAUUUGGGGACUACUUUACAUGUGCAGAUAUAAUCUCUAAAGGUUCUAGUGGAAACUUAUCAGAGCUAGAGUUCAUGGGCGUGUUUCAUGACGAUGGAAAUGGUGGCGAUUAUGUAGACUGCAUAUUAUCAAAUGAAUUUGGAAAGAAUCUGAAUCUGGAGGUGACCUUGACGGAUACAGAUAGAGAUUCUAAACGCAUGAGUUUGUCCAGCAAUUGUUCAUUUUUAUCGUUAGUAGAGAAAGAUGAUCAAGACAACGAGUUAAAGUUAGAGCUUGAUACAAUUGAAUCACAAUAUCAACAAUGCUUUCAAGAACUCGCAAGAAUGAAGCUGGAGGCAAUAGACGCGUGCAGAAAAAGAUGGACCACAAAGAAAAAGUUGGCAGAUGGAAAAAUCACGUGGAUUACGAGGGUAUUGCUGCUUCAAAUGCCGGAAUUUUGUAGCAGAUCAUAAUGACAUCAUUGACAAGUAUUAUAUAGGGACACAUAAAUAUGGACGUGGUCGAGCUUUCCUUUUUUCUCAUGCUAGCAAUGUUGUGGAAGAGCCUUCAGUGUUGAGGAUAUUGAUAACUGGUCCAUAUGUUGUGUCUGACAUUUUAUGUGCUGAAUGUGGCCAGAAUUUGGGGUGGAAAUACAAGAAAAGUUUUCAUGAUGUUCACAAGUACAAGGAAGGCAAAGUUGUGAUGGCUAAGUACAACAUCAUCAGGGGGGUUUAAUUACUUUUGGAUUAUGUUAGUUUUAUUAUUUUUGAAAUUUAAACAUUGAUUACUUCUGAACUA